UGCUCUUUCAUCUUUGUUCAUCUUUUCUUUUGACCUACGUGUCCACGCUCAUUGUUGCGGCCAAGUGUCAAAGCAACCAUUUUCAGCAUUUUCGAUGGAUCAGUUUGUUUAAACAGACUUUAAUCAAACUGAGAUUUCCCUUGCUCAGUCUUAAUUUGGUCUUUUUCUCCCUGGCAAGAAACCAUCAAAACAGUCAUGGAUAUGGAUAUGGGCGACAUGUCGGGCGGCAUGUCCAUGGGCGACGGCGUGCCCACGCUCUUCCACAUGCAGAAGAUGUAUUGGGCGUUCAUAGGCGCGACCAUUGGCUUUGCGACUCUGGUCCAUAUGGGUGAAAAGGCGCUCUGCUGGCAGAGACUUCAUGCUGCGAGCAAGCAGGAUCCAACACCUGCAAAGCCAAGGUCUCCCGCGCUGGUCGCGGUUGCAACGGCUACGGCAAUUAUCCGCGAAAUCUCAAAUGCUACCAUGGCCAUGUUCAAAAUUCGUGGUCGGACUUUCCGCAGUGCUCCGCUUGGUCGAAUCUGUCUCGUACUCGCCUACUUUGUCCUACUUGUCGUACUAUGUUUCUACCGCCUCCAACCUAGCAACCCCUGGCAGUAUGAGGAUGUGGCAUACCGUUGCGCCUACAUCAGUGUGGCUCAAUUGCCGCUCAUCUUCCUUCUGGCUGGCAAAAAUAACAUUGUUGGGUGGAUGACCGGCCUCAGUUAUGAAAGGAUCAAUUGGUUACACCGAUGGGUUGCCCGCUGCCUCCUGUUUACCACCACCCUCCACAUGGGCUACUUCUUUACUGAUUGGGCCCGUUACGAUUACAUCUUGAUCAAACUUCGAACAGACUCUAUGACACAAACUGGCAUCUCUGCAUGGGCAAUUCUCGUCUGGAUCGUUCUCAGCUCGUUUGCGCCGAUUCGGGGCUUAAGCUACGAACUUUUUGUGCUGCAACAUCUCAUCUCCUUUGUUGCCUUUAUCACCAUGGUCAUGCUUCAUGCCGACGCCGAUGUGCACGUCUACAUCUGGAUUCCUGUCGGACUCUUCUUCUUCGAUCGUAUCACGCGAGCUCUAUACGUCCUAUACACCAAUCUCGCCAUCUUUCAUCCAAAGGCACGCCGUGAGGGAAAUCAAUCACGUUUCUGGGCUUGCAAAGCCAGUUUUACCCCCGUGUCUCAGCGGACAACGCGCGUGACUAUUCAGAAUCCUCCGAUUCAGUGGAAAGCAGGACAACAUGUCUUCCUUUCUUGUCACUCUAUUGUGCCCCUGCAAAGUCACCCAUUCACCGUCGCCUCUCUUCCUGAAGACGGAAAGAUGGAGUUUCUGAUUCGUGCCGGUAAUGGAGGAACAAAGGCAUUCUUCCAUCAUGCUGAAAAGCACCACCAGCAACUCCCCACUACUGAAGCUGAAAUCUCCAUGCCCAAGCACAAAUCCGUUGCUAUUGAAGGACCGUACGGUCGCAUUCGGCCUCUCCGCCAGUUUGACACCGUUGUCCUUUUAGCCGGAAGUACCGGUGCGACCUUUACUGUUCCACUGAUGCGGGAAAUUGUCUCCGCAUGGCGCCGCAACAACAACAACAACAGCGACUCUUCUGAUUCCAGCCGCCAAAAAAGGGGAUUCUUGCUUCCAGACGGCAUCGUUACUCGGCACAUCCGCUUCGUCUGGGUCAUCAAAGCGCGCGACCAACUUGACUGGCUCUGGAAGCAGCUCAUCACGGCAAUUGACGACGUUCGCCAGCUCCGCCACCAGGGCAUCGAUGUCGAGCUUGACAUGAGCAUUUACAUUACUUGCGACGACAGUCUCACUUCAGACCAACAAGGCGGCGUACUUCCUCCGGCUUCUGCCCGGAACUCGCUUCCGCCACCUUAUGGCGUUGUAGAAGAAGUACACACCGCAAAGCCUGAGAAGGACGAGAAAAAGUCGGACCCAAUGUUUGGCAGUGCGGAAAAGGCCGAAGUACGGGAGCUCGAUUCCCUUUCAAUGGCUUCGUCACACCAGGGGCCAUCAUCUGGCCGUCCCACGUGUGGACCCAACGGCACAUGCUGCUGCACCGCAACUAUCGAAGACGAAGACGCCAUCGACAAUGCCGAUGCCCCUGUCUGCACCUGCAAUUGUGGUGCUGCUGCGGCAAGCUUGCCUGAACCUACUGGCCCAGCGCCUCCCUCGUCAUCAGGGACCGACAAACCCCAUUCCUCCUCCCCACCACCACUCUCGCCAUCAUCUGACGGAACAGCUGCAGUCCAAGAUUUCGAAAAGGCGCAGCUCGCAAAGGAGAUUGGACCCCGUCCAGACUCUGCUUCGUCCUCCCUUGCAUCACCUACGUCACCUACAUCUAUCCCGCUCUUCAGCGGCCGUCCCUCCCCGCGCACUAUUAUCCGCAAAUCCCUCGAGCAAGCCUUUGGCGAGAGCGCCGUCGUGGUAUGUGGACCAUGCGGGCUUGUCGACGAUGUGCGCCACAGCGUCGUCAGCUUGAGCGAUGAACGGGCCGUACACAAGGGCUCCGGUGCUCAGGGUAUCUAUUUGCAUACAGAAGCUUUUGGCUAUUAAAGUUUCUCAAUUCGGCCUUUUUUGUCCCCCUCUUUUUUUUCUUUUUCAUUUAUACCCUGAAUUAGAAGUAUCCUUUCGUGUUACUUCUUCAACCCUCUUAUGAUUAUAAUGAUACAAUGAUACCUUGCAGUUGCAUUUUCAAGGCUCGGUUGGGUUUGGGGUUUCUAGAUGUUGGUCAUGAACGGAGCGUUCAUUUUUAUCACCUGAAUUUCAUCACCAGAUGUUUUCUUAUUUUAUCACCUCAUGGUUUCUUAUAUUCUGCAUUGCUACCAGGAAGCCGGUCUUGUGCAAUGGCUGAUGCCUUUUCGACAUUAUGCACCGAGAUAGAUUAUCCUCAUUCUUUCGGUUGUUCUCUUCUUUAUCGGUUAUUCUCUUCUUUUUCGAACUUUCUAUAUCGGAUAUUCUUUCCUAGGCCAAUGCAUAUUUGAUAUCUCGAUAGAUAUGAGGAAUAUUAAAUUUGUUCAGACAAGUCAUUAGUAUUCAUCCCUUUU